AUUAGAUAUAUGAAGCGACCGGUUGACCUAGAAUUUAGGGUUAUUUCUUCAUGAAAAUUUUGUUGAAUUAUAUUGUUAUCAUUAAAUCAUUAAUAUACUUAUAUCUGUUAAAACAAAAAUAUAUAUUUUAAAAGUUCACUAUUUAAUUUUUUUAAAAUGGACCGCAGUGAAGAUGAUAUUAUUCAACGGGUUGAAAAUGAUGAUUUUUAUAAAUAUUUUCUGAAGUCUAGUUCAAAUGCAGUACUAAAUUACUCGAUGACAAUAACAGAGCAAGUAAAAAAAUUGGGAGAAGGUAUAGAACUAUUAAAUUUGGAACUUCAAAAACAAGUCUUGGAAAAACAUAAUGAUUUAUUGCAGCAAGCUGAGCAUGCGACUAAACUAGAAACUGUUCUGAAUAUUAUAAAUACUCAUGUACAGAACUUAUUUGCAAAUGCUGAGCGUUUAAAUAGUCAGAUCACAGUUCCUUAUAAUGAGUUGGAAAAACAUACAAAGGUUUUAAGCCGUUUACAUUUAGCUAGUCAUAUUUUACGUCAAGUAAACAGACUUCAACAAUUAAGUAAAAGAUUAAGUACUACCAGUGAUCCAGUUCAGAAAGCCACUAUUUUGCAGGAAUUAGAGCAACUGGCCUGUGAUCCAGAAUUAUCAGAUAUAGAGGCUGUAAAUACUGAACUUCGUAAUAUAAAAAUUCAUCAACAGAAAUUAGUUCAAUUAUCAACUGGUUCAUUAAACCAAGGAAUUCUAAAUGAAAAUGUUACUCAAACCACAACUGCCCUACAGAUUUUUUAUAACUUGGGUACUAUAAAAACAAUUACAAAUAAUUUGGUACAACAAAAUUUAGAUGAAUGUCGAGUAUGUUUACAAAUGGCACUCAGUGCUAAUGUUGGUGGAAACUUGGCAAAGAACAAAGGAGGACCAGGUCGUGUGGCUUUAACAUCUAAUCAAGGAUUUAGAAGUAAGAUUUGGAUAGAACUGGAAAAACUCUUUUCAGAAGAUGUUUAUCAAAUUUGUAAACAAGUGAAGUUUUUACAAAUAACGUUAAGUGGAUUAAAUAUGCAAAAUGUUGAACAAAAUAUAGCCAUUAUGUUUUGGACCAAAUUUGGAGAAAUUUUACAAGAGGAGAUACAAAAAACUACUUCUGCCGUUCAACAAAUGUUAGAAGAAGAUUAUCCGAAAUUAUUAAAGAAUUAUUGUGAAAUGACAAAAAAGUUAAAAUAUGAUCAGUUUACUUUUGACCGAAAUGUUUUAAAGAAUCUUGAAAAUUCUUAUCUUUCAACAUCUUUAACAAGAAUGUUAGAUCCUACACAAUCAUUAUUCGAUAAUGAAAGUGCUGUGCCCUCCCAUGAUCAGAUUGAUUCGUUAAUUCGAAUAAUAACAAGCGAGUUAAGUGUAGCACUGAUAGAACAGAAUUUAAAUGAACAGACUUCUAAAAAUGUUGCAAAAUGCAUCAAAAUGUUCGCUGUCAAAACAGAGCAGCAGUUGGAAACAGGACCAGAAGCUGCUCAAGUUAUAGGAGGAUCUCCAAAUAUCGGUCAAAAUAAAAAUAUGAACCUUGCCAAUGCUUUAUAUUAUCUCCAAACACAAAUUCAAAGAAUGCUUUUCAAUAUGAGGGAUAGUUUACCAGAUUCCUGUGUGAAAAUAAUCAGCGAAAGUUUACAAAGCCUUGAUUAUUUAACGUCGUCCAUUUUACAACCACUAGUUGGAUCCAUUACAUCCGUAAUAGAGACAAUUAUAAUAACACUUCAUUUGGAAACUGAUUGGCCUAAGCUACCAUUGCCUGCUAAUAAAACCUUUCAAUCUUGCAGUCCAUACAUGAGGGAAUUGAGUCAGUUUAUAAUGAGGGUAUAUCAAACAUAUUUGUCUAAUUUUGAGAAUAAGGAAGUUUUAUCUGCCAAAUGCAGUGACAUUGCUAUAAGAUGCAUUGAGUUAUUUGUUCGUCACACGUCCCUUCUGAGACCGAUAUCUCAAGGGGGUCGUUUACGUCUACAAGCGGACUAUCUCCAUUUAGAAAAUUCAUUAAAAGUUAUAUGCCCCCAACUUUCUGAUUUAGGAAGACCAUAUCGUCUGCUAAAAUCGGUGGCAUCUUUGAUAGCAUUGUCACCUACUGAAAUAGUUUCUGGACAAAUUUCUGGCAGUUCAGUUCCUCACAGUACCAUCCUUUUAAUGUUGUUUGGAUUUGCUGGUCCCGAAUUAGCUAGUCCACAUCAGAAUACUAGUUGGUCAUUACCAAAAUUGUCGACUUGGCUGGAUGAACAUACAAAUGAAGAAGAUAGACUGGAUCUUAUCGCUGGAGCAUUACAAAGAUAUGAACAUAUAGUAAGACAGAAAAAUUCAGUUAAUUAUGACCCUGCUUAUCCUGUAAUGUCACAAUUUUUAGAAACUGCAAUUAAGGGUGUAAAAAAGUAAUUAUAAUACGGUAAUUCAACUUUGUGUGCAAUUUUAUAAUUAUAUGAAAUAAAGGUGAAUAUAGAACGGUGAAUGUGAUAAUAAAAUUAUUGUUAAUCACAAACAGGUUGUACAAAAAAGAGAUUGAUUUAUUAAAACAGUUUAACAGAUAAA